AUGGAGAACCCGUGCUUGACCUUCGUGAUCUCGUCCAUCUUGGAGAGCGAUGAGUUUCUCAUCAUUGAUAUCAUCCACGAAAUGCUGGGAGUCGGGGUCUCGGCAGAUCGGAAAGGAGACCUGUACAAGGACCUGGCAUUUCCGGCUAGUGACGAUUCUCUGUUUUUCAACUGUUCUACUCCGUUGGCUCAGUUCAAAGGAGAAAUUUAUUGGCUGAGACCCCAGGAGAUCUGCUCUUCACCUCGGUUAUUUUCAGACAAUCAACACGAAUGGCAGGUCAAGCAAGGCAUGCUGGGGGAUUGCUGGUUUCUCUGUGCCUGCGCCGCUUUGCAGAAAAAUAAAUAUCUGCUAACCAAGGUUAUCCCUCCAGGUCAGCCCAGCUGGAAGGAUGAGAAAUACCGAGGAUGUUUCACCUGUCGCAUCUGGCAGUUUGGCCACUGGGUGGAGGUGACCAUCGAUGACCGGCUGCCUUGUCUUGGGGGCAAGCUCUGUUUCUCCCAGUGCCAGACGGAAGGCGUCUUUUGGCUCCCCCUGCUGGAGAAAGCUUACGCCAAGUACGUGUGA